AACUGAAGGAAGGUCAUCAUGGGAGCAUUUUUAGACAAGCCAAAGAUGGAGAAGCAUAAUGCCCAGGGGCAAGGGAACGGGCUCCGUUACGGCCUGAGCAGCAUGCAGGGCUGGCGCGUGGAGAUGGAGGACGCACACACGGCCGUGAUCGGUUUGCCAAACGGACUUGAUGGAUGGUCGUUUUUUGCUGUGUAUGAUGGGCACGCUGGAUCACAGGUUGCCAAGUACUGCUGUGAGCAUUUAUUAGAUCACAUCACGAGCAACCAGGAUUUUAAAGGGCCAGAUGGGCCACCAUCUGUGGAAAGUGUAAAGAGCGGCAUCAGAACAGGUUUUCUGCAAAUUGAUGAACACAUGAGAGUCAUCUCGGAGAAGAAACAUGGCGCAGACAGAAGUGGGUCAACAGCUGUGGGUGUCAUGAUUUCCCCCCAACACACAUACUUCAUCAACUGUGGAGACUCGAGAGGGUUGCUUUGUCGAAACAGGAAGGUUCACUUCUUCACACAGGAUCACAAACCGAGCAAUCCGCUGGAGAAGGAGCGCAUACAGAAUGCAGGUGGCUCCGUAAUGAUUCAGCGUGUGAACGGCUCCCUUGCUGUUUCAAGGGCACUUGGGGACUUUGAUUACAAAUGUGUCCAUGGGAAAGGUCCUACAGAACAGCUGGUCUCACCCGAGCCUGAAGUCUAUGAAAUCGAGAGAUCAGAAGAAGACGAUCAGUUCAUCAUCCUGGCGUGCGAUGGUAUCUGGGAUGUUAUGGGAAAUGAAGAGCUGUGUGACUUUGUAAGAUCCAGACUUGAAGUCACUGAUGACCUUGAGAAAGUUUGCAAUGAGAUAGUUGACACCUGCUUGUACAAGGGAAGUCGAGACAACAUGAGUGUGAUAUUGAUCUGUUUUCCGAAUGCACCAAAGGUAUCGCCAGAGGCGGUGAAAAGAGAGGCAGAGUUGGACAAGUACCUGGAAAGCAGAGUAGAAGAGAUCAUAAAGAAGCAGGGUGAAGGAGUGCCAGACUUAGUCCACGUGAUGCGUACGUUAGCAACUGAGAGCAUCCCAAACCUCCCGCCCGGGGGGGAGUUGGCAAGCAAACGGAGUGUGAUUGAAGCCGUUUAUAACAGACUGAACCCCUACAGGAAUGAUGAUGCUGAUUCUGCCUCAACUGAUGAUAUGUGGUAAAACUGCUCAUCUAGCUGUGGAGUUCACGUUUCAUCCUGCAAAUGAAAGUGCAGCCCAACCUCAGUGACCCUUCUUAACAUCCAUCCUCAACCUUAAUUAAAGAAGGGAAUAUGAUGUGUUGGUGAGAGUGACUACAGCAGUACGACACCUAGCCCAGGAACUGAUCAUUUUUGUAAAACAGACUUCUGUAAACGUGAUUUCAAACCAUAAUUCAUGUUGUAAAUCAGACUCCAGCAAUUUAUGUUGUAUGAUUUUGUUUUUGUAAAGUGCAAUUGUCUUUGUACAAAAUGCUCAUAUUUAAUUAUGAACCGCUUUAAAUCACUAUAAAGGUUAGAAGAAAUGUUUUGGCUUGUGUGAUGCAACAAUAUAUAUCCCUUUUAAAUUCAUGUUGUGGUUUUGGAUUGCAAGGAGCAGCAGCCUAGCCAGCUAGGUGCUCAGGAGGUGCACAAAACUGUAAAGAUAACUUUUUGGUUUAUAUGAAAGCUGAACUCGUGGGCAACUUACCAGAAAUUACAGUGUGUGAAUUUUUGCUUGGCAAUGGAAAAAUAACUUAAAAGUAGUGCACAUUCUUCAACAAAUGGAUAUCAUUUUCUUGGAUGCACUCCUGCUCUCACGUUGGAGUCGAAGGGAUUUGCGAUUUUGAGUUCAGUGGGAGUUAAAUCAUGCCCUGUUAACAGUAUCCUCUUCCUACAAAUCUUGGGAUCAGAAUGCCUUGAUUCUUUGCACCUCUUUUCCCAUUAACCCUCACCUGAAACUGCUGAUCACUGAGCACGGAAAGGCAGCUUUCUACGUCCAGUAGGAGUCUGCAGCAUUUUUACAAUCCUGAUUGGCUGGGUCUGCUGCUGUUCCAAGUAAAAUGCUCUGAAUUCCAUUUUAUCAAUAAAGCUUGAUUUAACAAACAAGACCUUUACCCAUAAAUGUGUAAUUCCUUUUUUCCUGCCUUUGAAAAUGUCAGUGCCAUUGUAAAUGAUAUUUUACUUGUGGAAGAAUAUUUUUAUUAAUUGGUAGCCCAUUUUUAAAAUGGGAAGGAUUUUGAUUAUUGCCCAAGACAUAGCCAUAUGCUAGAGGAUGAUGUGGGAUUAAUCCGUUACCCUAUUUUUUACAAGUGUGGGUUUUUUCAGGCUUUUUGGUGGUGUUUUUUGUUGUUUUUUUUUUUCUCCUCCCUACUGAAGAUGUGCAUUGGUUUGAAUUUGCCUACUGUUUGAUAAAAAUACAUGUGUCAAAGCCUGACAAUCUUUAACAUUUUAUGGUGUGUGUUUUUAAUUGACCCACUUACUUAGAAUGAGAGACUAGUGGUUAAACAGUACUUGUGAUUUGAGGUAUAGCAUGUUGACAAUAUUUAACUGUUCGUUGUUUAAAAUUCUAAUUUAAAAUUUUAUAAGAUAAUAAACUAAUUUGAUUUAAGCUUAGCUUUCUCCCAUUGAGCAUACGAAAAUUAAGUUUUCAAGUCAGUCGUGUUUGCAAAACUGCUGUUUUGUGCACCUUGUAUUGUCUUUUUGGUUGAGAAUAUUGUAUUUAAUAUGUAGUUUACUCAUUUAGUAGGCAGAUUCCCCAAAAGGAAAAUCAGUAAAACAAGUAGAUUGUAACAUUUACUGCAGUUAGACAGAAUCAAAACUUGGUGUAUAAUUACUUUUUGAUAGGAAAACGUAGUACAAUGCAUUUUGCUAUAUUUGUCUUUCCCUAACUUUGACAUAUACAUAUUUGUAUAUAUAGCCUUAAAACUAAUGCAGAGUUAGGGAACACUGAACAGUGAAAAAAGUAACUUAUAGUGUCUUGGAACUAAGUAUAGUAUAUACCAGCAAACUUUUCUUUUAUCCCUCUUGUCUAUGUGGGGUGCUUAAACGUAACUUCAUUGUAUUCAGUUUGUAAUCUGUUCAAGCAUGAAUGAAGAAAACAUAAGCACUAUUUGUAUUUAUAAAUUUAUAGCAAUUUUUGCUUAAAGAACCAGUUCCUUACCUACCUAUGAAUAAAUGCUUAAAAUGUCUAAUUUUGUUGUAGAGUGCACAACUAUAAUAAUGUUAAGUUAUAGCUUCACAGGCACCUAAUUAACAAGCAUAUUUAAUAAUACAUGGCGUAUUAGUGCGAAAAGCUAAACUUAAUUUAGGACUAGGCAGAGAAAGUUCUGUCCUUUUUCAUAGAGACUAAAGUUUAGUUUUGGAAACUGCAAAACCUUGAACUGGACUGUGGAACCUUUGAGUUUUAAACUUGUACGAAUCGGAAGCAAAACUGUGGUGUGAAAAGCCAUACUUACUUCAAACCAUAAUCACUUAAACUGUCUCAGUGACAAAGGAGAUAUCUGAAGCCUCUUCUGGCGAGGUCUCCUGAAGGUUAGAGAGGAGAUAAUUCUGCUGUUGCUACAGGCCAUGUGAGUAGGUUUGAGGGUAGUGGAAGAAAGCCCGUUUCAGGCCUUUCUCUCUCCCGCCUACAUUCAGCUUUUUGGUGAGGUCAGAGCACUGAAUUAUUAUGUAUGCAUAAACACUGCCAUUUUAGAUACAGAUUUUGAUUACAGAAUAUACCAGUUGAGUAUAUAAAGCAUCCUAGAGAAGAGGCAAUCUGUACUUUUCACUGCUCUGAAAAGAAAAAAAAAAAAAGGCACUUUUGCACCUUUGUGCAUCUCCUUCUUGCACCAGAAACUUUUUUUUAAAUGCUAAAAACAUUAGCACCUCAGGGGCAAGGCAGCAAUUUUUAUUUUGAAGUAUUGUGUGCUAUUUAUUUCCCUCUUGGAAAAAGAUUCCUGUGUGAUGGAAAUGAAAAUUGUGUGAUGUUAAAAGAUGUAUUUUUAAAUACAUGUUCAAAUAGGAUGGUCCCAAUUUGCUUGUUUUUAAAAGGAAAUGACAUUUGUAAAGCUACUUUGCUUCGUAUGCCAUGCAACUUUGUUUUCCUUCUACAUUUGACAGCUUCACUGGCUUCAGUUUCUGUGAGUUUUGUUGUAGUCAGAUUAAAUGUUUCGCUGAUCGUUCUGGGAGAAUACCUGUACUGCUUUAUAGACAACUGUUUCAAAUAAUUCUCACUAAUUCAGCAUUGAAAUAUGUUCAAGACAGAGGCUUCUAAAAUGUCUUUUAAACGAAUGUUGGAUGAACUGAAUGCCAUGGCAUUGAUCAGGGUCCUAGAUUUGCAAGGCUUUGUAAAUCUCUUUUAUCAAUAGAGCCCCUGGUGGGGCAGAAAUCAGCAGGUCCCAUUGAGUUAUAGAGCCAGAGCCUUUCAGCUGGGCUUGCUCUCACCUGGCCCGGGAGCAGCACCACCACCAAGACCUUGAGGCACAGCCAUCAGAGCAAAAAUCAGAAUUGGAGAGAGAAAUUCCAUCUGCCUGUCAUUGAGCUGCACUAAUCCUUGGCUGUGUCGUACUAGCAAGGUGCCUGCUGAAUACUGAGCAGCAGAUGAGCAAUGGUAGCAGUUACCUUGAGAGGUCGUGCAGGUGCCAAAGCUGAUCUUUUUAACAUUUCCUUGUAAUAAACUGACUUCAAUGUCCACUACUUUAUUUAUUGCAAAGCUGGUGCUGUCUCAACUCAAUAUAGGUCUGAGCUAUUUUGCUCAGUUCAAGAAUCGGAAACUUAACAAAAUUAGGGAACAGUUUUCCCUUUACUUGAUUCCCUGAUGAGAAUCCCAUCUUACUUUGAUACACUGGGAUAGGACAGACUUCCUGUUGCAUUCCAUUUUUAGUAAUUUAUGAACGAAGGAUAUGGUUUCAUGAUAAAGUUACUUCAAGACUAAAUGUUGCUCCAAGUUUGUCCCUACUGCCUUUUUUUGUGCCAGUACUUGCCCUUAUGUGGGCAUGGAGUUAGGACAAAGAGAAGCCCUGUCCUCUUCAGCUGGGUAAGCUGAUAAUCCAGCUGUGGGGUGCUGCUGCUAGGGCAAGAUGGAGGGUGGGGAGGCAGGACUGGGAGCAAGGAAUGUUUGCACCACCCGUCCUGCCGCGGUGUGGGAAACCACACCCAGAUAAAUGAUGGGCUGUGUAGGGAGUAUCGAAGCCUUUGCAGAUCUUUCCCCGCUCUGUACUUAGGAGAGACAUUUUGCUUUGGUAAACGUUCUUUUUCUUAAAACUGGAAUCAUCAAACUUUGGUCUUAACGUCCUGUGUGCGCGUUCCGUGCUGACAAACCUCGUGUUUGUGUUCUCUAGGGGUGUGUGGCUCUGUCCUGUGGGAGAGACAGCACGGCUGCCACAAUUAGGUUAAUGAUAUGGUUGUUACAGGUUACCUUAUUUCAAUGUACAUCAGGAUUUCAUCAUGCUGAGAUAGAUGUUCACCUUCAUCUCUACCUGCACCUUCUUGAAUUGCUCUUAUGCACAAAUGAUUUGGUGUAUUUGAAUUUCUUGAUAUUUAAACUUGGCCGUGUCUGAAAGGGGCAAACCUUUAGGAAAAGAGUGCCCUUUUCCUCAUCCCUCGGCAAAGGCAGUAUUUAAUACAAACCUGAUGUACCUUGCAUAGGUUCAGAAACGGCAAAACUUUAGAGCUACAGAGCUGUACCUGACAUUCUUCUGUAGAAAAUGAAUUGUUACUCUGUGCCAAGCCUCACAAGACGUGAAAAUGAUGUCUCCUAGAUAAUGAGUGUGGCUCCCUGUUCCUACCACUACCCGUGUCUGAGGUGAUCAUUCCUGAGCCUUUGUAGACGAGCUCAGGGUGUAAACUCUCUGUUUGGCUGGACAGGGUUUUUACCUCUUGAAGUGGUAAAAAGAGGCUCCAGACAUGGAUUUCUAGGAUUCUGUAGCGCAUAAAAUGAAUGUGAUUCCUGCCAUAAACUGUAAGAAAGGAGCAAAAUUUAGAAGUACCACUCUGAGGCUAAAUAAUUUUGACUGACCUGUCUGAAAUACUGAUCAGAGAAUCUAAUCUUCUGGUGAGCUCUUUCUGUGGAGUGUUUGCACAGUCUGCAGGUCUCUGCAGACCCAGGUGUGCCCAUCUGAAACACUGUAGCCUUAUUUUGCUUAAUAACAUUGCUUUAUAAAUGAGGUAGCAGUCACCUGGGCCGUGGCAAUUGUUCACAGGAGUUCAGGAAGCUGUAGGAAAACUUGAAGCUCGUCUUUAUUCUUAUGGACCACUAAAUGCAUUCAAGUAGAAAAAAAAAAAAACAGACAUGCUGAAAGUUGAGUUCACGUUGUCUCCCCCUGAAAACUUGUUUUCAGAAAAAUGACAAAUACUUCUACUAUUUGCUUAAUAAGUGAAAAAAGUGUCCUGAGCUUUAAUCUCCUGAUUGUUUCAGUUGUUGACCUAUAAUGACUUAGGCUUUAUGUAUAUUCAUUGCUUUAUCUGUGUUUUUAUUUGAUGUUCCUUUUGAGUUGCAGUAAACCAGAUCUUUUUUUUCCCCCCUCGUGUAGACACUUCUUUGCUUCCAAGCUAAGGGAACAGGAGUGAUAAUGAUGUCCUAGGAAAGGGUUUUGGGAGAGGCUUGCUUUAAGUGCAAUGACCACAAACUUUUGCAAUGACAAAAGUUGAGAAAGUGAGCUUAAGUUUAAAAAUGCCUUUUACAGAAUUAAGGAAAUCAUUCUAUUCUGAUAUUGUCAGAACUUCAGUGGAGGUGGGAUGACAGGUCAGAUUUCUAGAGUAUGUAUUGGUUUAUAUCUAGUGACAUUUUUACACUUAACUUGUACUGACUCCUGCCCAAAUGCUUUUUAAAAUAUCACUAGGCAUGUGCUUUGUUUUUUUUCUUCCCCCCCUCCCCCAAAAUAGGAAGAAUAAAACCAAUGGUCCUUACUGCUGUGUAAGCAGCCACUUAUUUGCAGCGGUGGGUGCUGUGUCAGGUAGUGCCAUUUUCCUUCAGGAACACGACAUCUGCACUUCUCAGUGUGCUCAAGAACAUUGAGCCACAGCUGAAAUCCCUUUUUGCCUCCAUGGGCUGUUGGCUCUGAAGAGCUGGUGGGAGCGUGGGGGUUUUACAGCCAGAGUGGACAGGACUCUCCUUGUGUAUUGUGAGGAGGCCUCCAGAGUUGAGGGAGAUGCCACUGUUGUAUAGUUUUAGAAAUAACUUUAAGAAAAAAUGAGGAAACACGUUGGGUCAUAAAACAUCAUGUACUGCUAUCAAUUCCUAUAGACUAAGGUCCAGAGUUUAGUUUCACCUGUGUAAGUGAAUUCCACCCGUUCUGAGCAGUGCAAAUACUGGGCAGCCGAUUUCAUUGCUUGGGGAUUUCAGAUUGGAGGCACAAUGUUUCUGUUCACACUAAAAUUAGACUAAAACAGUCUUGGGAAAAUCAGGCACGAACUUAAAUUUACAUUCUGCUGGCAUUGAUGGAGCUUUGCUCACGACAUAUAAAGUUUGCACAUGUGUUGUUGGAGCCUUAAGUGUCCCACUUCUCUUGGAAUGAAAAACAAAUGUAAUCUUUAUCCAGUUUAGGUUUUGAAAAAGCUUUUUGGAGCCAAAGGGAAGAAGGUGGUAAUGUUAAAGCAAAAUGUUAGAUUAUUUGGAGGUAAUUUCAUUAAGUCUUUAAGCAUCUAAGAUUUUUUUUUCCUUUUAAAACCUCAGAAGGGCACAGUUUAGGAGGUUUGAUGAAAUGCUUUUAGCUGUAAAUAAAUAAAAGGAUGAAACCCAAAAUGGGUUACCUGGGAUGGAAGAACAAUGAGGCCCUAAAAAUGUAGGAAUAAAUGUGCUGAAUUUGCAUAGCAUUAUUUCCAUGUCCAGUGGUGGACCUACUGAAAGGUUGGAACUGGAUGAUCUUAAAGGUCCCUUCCAACCCAGACCAUUCUAUGAAUCAUUCUAUGAAAGGAUCUUUAUCAGUGUUGACAGGGGAACCUUUUAUCAUUGCUGAGUGAUGCCAGACUGACAAGUCUGCUGCAAUUUGAAAUUUCCAGCCUCUUAAAUUGGGAAGUGGGCAUUACAUACCAGAUCCCCAGUACAUGAGAAGCUGCAGUACCUGUUACCCCACAUUCUGUGGGUUAAUGCCCUGCAGCCUUUGGGUGCUGGGAGUUGGGAUUUCCCAGCCUGUUAUUGCUGAUGGUGUGAUUUGCAGUGACCUCGGGUACCAAGAGUUAAGUUGUAUUUAAGAACCGGAUCUAACUCUUUGGUGCCAGGAAUCUAGUUUUUGGAGUAAGUGCUGAAUUAUGCAAAUGUUCUUGGCCAAUGGCGCCGGGUAGUUCAGUGCUCAGAAAACUAAAUUACUAGUGAUGAAGAGUUAGUAUGAGAAAAAAGCCAAGGUUCUUCUAAGCCAGGGAGUGCUGGAUGUCUGAAAAGCAUGACAUUUGAGUUCCAGGACCUUCUUAUUUUAUAAAUCUUUAUAAGCAGAGAUUUUGGUUUCUAGCAUCUGUCUUGUUUCUAAGACCACGUACAAACAUGCUGAAUUAGAGAGUUUUCACCUGUCUUCUCACAGAAUUGACUCCACAUCGUAUCAUAAAGAGUCUCGUUUGUAGUGACAUGCUGUGCCUGUCUUUUUAGAAAAUUCAUGACCUCUUUAUAUCUAUUUUGUGGAAAGUGUAACUUUUUUCAUUGAUGACCUGUAUAAAUGUGUGUUACGAAUGGAGAGAUUUAAGCUUGAAAAGCAUGUUUGCAGAUUACACAGCUUCAUUAUGGAAUUUAUAAAUUUAACAGAGUAAUAUACAAGAGCAUAACUAUUUUCCUUAAGUAGAAUGUAUAACAAUAUAUAAUAAAUUAUUCUCCACGUAGUUCACCCACUAUUUACAGUUUUACACAAUUCAAACUGUGUGUUUACAGAAAGUUCAAUAAAUGUAUAUUUUGUACUAUGUACAGAUUCCUGGUCCCAAAGAAAAUGUGUGAACUUAGUUUCUAACUUAACUUUUGAGAUUGUACUUUUUUUUUUUUUCCUUUUCUUUAUUUUUUUUGGUUUGGAAUCAGUUGAACAAACUGCGUUUCGCCUGUCGAUGGUGGAGGAUUGCAUUGGAGUAAACGGGAAUUGGAAAUAUUUCUAAUCUACAAAAGUGAUUCCACUAAAUAAAACAGGCAAUUACAUCGUG